AUAAUAAUAAUAAUAAAUACACCCAAAAAAAUCUACUUUUUACAAGAAAAUACAUUCAUUUAACACCAUUGCAACCAAGUUUCUCAAUUUUUAACGUCAAAUAACUAUUGGCAAAUGAAUAAUUGGUGAGAGAGAGAGAAGGGUAGUUUAUUGUAUUUACAUUUUGCUUUUUUUUUUUUAUUGUUUUCUCUGUUUUCGGUAAAAGAAACAAAAAUAAAAUCAUAAAUCAGAUUGAAAUAAAGCGACCGGACUUGGACUGGGUGAAAAAUUAGUGCCAUUUUUCAGCAGCCUUUGGCUGCUGCUGUUGUCGAUAGGAAUAAAGGAGGUAAAAAAAAAAAAACGAUAACAAAUAUAAAUAAAUAGAUAAAUAAAUAAAAAAGAGAUAGAGACGAAAGAAAUUAAGAGGCACACACACAAUCGCGGGAAGUUAUCUAGAAUAUUCUUCUCGUUUUAAUAAUGCGGGACAAACCUUGGUGUCGUGUUGACCCGGGUAUAAACCGUGCUUUUAUACGUCUUCGGUGCUAUUUUCUAUCAAACUUGGUCGCAGAACAAAAUAAAUUAACUUAUUUAACUUAUUUUGGGAUGUGGCUUUAAAUAAAUUUAAAUUAAAUAAACACGCACGCAAAGCACAAUAACACAGACAAGGAGGAGGAGGAUUUUGUUGUUACGUUUGCAUUUUAAAUAUUCAUUUAAUAUAUAUAUUUAUUUUUAAAACUGGUCCCGCUUUAGCCUUUUUCAAAGGUUACAAAAGACACCCACCACCACCACCUCAAAGUUUUUUUUUUUUUGUGGGGUCAUUUUUCUCAGAAAUUGAAGAGACUGUUAUUAUUAAAACCCAAGUUGAUCAGGAUGGAAGGAUCUUGUCGCGGCGGCUCCGGCAGGCAGAGCCGGAGAUCCCGGUCUCAACGCGACCGGGAGCGGCGGAGGAGGAGACCGGGGCUCGGGGAAACGCGGGCCUACUCCCCGUCCUCCGGUUCGGAGCCGGCGGGGGGAGGGGGAGGAGGGCUCGGCGGGGAGGACUGCAGGCCCGCAGCCCAUAACAAUAGACCGAGGCCGCCGCGGAGGAGGAAGCGAGAGUCGGUUUCGUCCGAGGAGGAUCUGAUCGAUUGCUUCGCCAUAGCCAGCUUCAUUUCCCUGGAAGCGCUGGAGGGAAGCCACUGUCCCAGGUGUUGGGGACCCCACACCCUGACAGGUCUCCACACUAAGGACUCUGUCCAGAAGCCUCUGGAUCGAUCCCAGCUUUGGGAACGGCGUGGCGGCAAGAGGAAGCGACCGGAAGAGAACGGGCCGGCCUCAGAUCUGGGAGAGAGGAGAGAAGGGGGAGGCAGCUCGGAGAGGGAGCGAGAGAGAGCCAACGGGAUGGGAGAGCCUGAUAGGAGAGUAGAGGACCUUCCUCGGGGGGAGCGGGGGGCCUGCCGGACGGACUCGCGACUUGGCAGAACCGCCUCUGAUGGUGAGCUGGAUCACUCCUUCACAGUCUCCACAAGCAGAAUUCCGGAAACAGCGGGGAACGGCCUGACGCCUCACGACCUCGCCCCCCGUCUCUCCGUCACCCCCAGAGUAUCGGGGAUCCAGCGCAGCCAAGAGAGGAACCACGAAGCGGACAGCAGACUGCCGAAGGAACCCCUGAGCGUGCUGCCGAGCCAGCGCUUUCGCCCCUCCUCUCCCUCUCUGCCCAAAGAGGCACGGAGAGGAGGAGACAAGCCCCCCCCCUCGCCCAGCUACCACGGGGGCCACAUCCACCCCUCCGGCACGACCCCCGCGCACCCCCAGUCGAACCCCAGCCAGGGGAACCGCUCCACCCCCCAGCCCAGGUCCCACAGCAAGGGCCUCCUGCAGCAUCCCUUCGGCGCAGGAGUCGGGUUCAGCAACAGCCGGAGCAGCACUCCCUCAAAGACCCCCACCUCCUCCUCCUCCUCCAGCUCCACCCAGCUGUCUCUCCACCGGCCCUCCACCCCUUCCGGUCUGGCGCUGUCGCUCAACCCCCCCUUCCCAGGGGGUCUGCGGCCCCCCUCUCACCCCGGAGGUGGGCUCUUCACCCCCUCGCCCGGCUUGCCCCCGCCUCCUCCCUUGCUGCAGGUGACCGGGCAUCCUGCCUCGGGCACGGCGGGCACUGUGUUCUCGGAGCAGGACCUCAUCCGGCAGGAGCUCAACUCUCGCUUCCUCACCUCCCAGACAGGGGGAGGGGCAGAGCGGACGGGGAGCGGGGCUGGCGGGGAAGGGAGGGGCCCCGCAGCCGCCAGCGCCGCCCCCCCUGGGUCUGGGACAGCCUCCGGCCCGUUGGCAUUCCAGUAUCACCAGCAUAACCAUCAGCACCAACACACCCACACACACCAGCACUAUACUCCCUUUCUGCCUCCCAGCGCUACCGCCACUGCUGUGGUGCAGAACACCCCCGCCUCACCCAUGUUUCAGAAGUACCCUGGGAAGAUGGACGGGCUCUAUCGACACAAUUUCUACCCAACCUAUCCACCCUCAGUAUCUGGGCUCCCCCCAGUGCUGCCACCUGCUGGAACCUUCAGCUCACUGCAGGGAGCCUUUCAACCAAAGACAACCAAUCAGGAGAUAGCGGCGAGAUUGGGGGCGGUGCCUCACCCCUUACAGCAGAAAGACCCACGUCUUACAGAUCCAUUCAGGGCUGCGUUACGAGUGAGUAAUAAACCUGGGAAGUGGUGUGCAAUGCACGUAAGAGUAGCAUGGAUGAUUCUGCGGCAUCAGGAGAAAGUGAAGCACAUGCAGGCUGAUCCUCACAAGCCUGAUUUCCGGAAUGAUCUCAUAACCCGAGUCCCAGGCUCCGGGUUAAUGGGCCCGCUGUCCAGCGCUCACGAUCUCUCCCGCCCUUCCACCCUCUUCUCUGCCAGCGGGGCAGUCCAUCAUGGCUCCUCCCCCUUCGCCCCUCCCACCGGACCCCUGAACUCCUUCUUAAACCCCCCCUCACACCUAGUUUCAGAUCCGUUCGGACGCAGUCCCACCUACACCCCUCUGGGAUCCCUGGGGAGUGCAGCCUUUGGGGGGCUGGGGAGCCCUAAUAUAACUCCCAGCUCCAUGUUUGCUCACAAGGACGCUCCUGGGGGAUCUCAAGGGUUCAGUAACCCCCAUGAUCCCUGGAACAGGCUGCACCGUGCCCCAGCCUCCUUCCCCACCGCCCCCACCUGGCCCAAAGGGGGCGACGGAGAGCGGGGGGGCAGCAGCAGCAGCUCUGUCGAGCGGGAGAGAGAGAGGGAGCGAGAGAAUGACAAGAGGGUGAUCAAGGAUGAGAAGGAGAGGGAUGGAGUUUACGGCCGUCACCCAGUCCGGAGGUCUCCUGUCACCCCAAACCAAAAGUGCGCCCCUCCCACCACCACCCCCCCCUCCAGCAACGGGCACGGCAUCGCCGAGGAGGAAAAGAGAGGAGGGGGGAGAGACUCGAGAGAGCACAGCCGGGACAGAGAGAGGGGACAGCCUUCUGUCCAGUCCUCUCACCAGGACAGGGAUAGAGAGAGGCUCAAAGAGGAACAGCAAAAGAACGCAAACGGUCUUCAGAAUGAAAACCGUCCCUUUUCACAGUCCGGACAGCACAGGCCCCCUGUGCCCGACACCCCAGAGAAUUCGGGACCAGCGAUUCCUACCUCUUCCUCUACCUCUUCGUCAAACGCUGCUUCUUCUAGUUCUGUUUCGAACCCUGUCAAAGAGCACGCAGGACUCUUGGGGAGAGAAGGAGGCAGCAAACUGUCUAGUGCCACCAAUCCGUUGCCUUUAUCGUCCUCGUCGUCGUCUUCAUUGUCUACUCCCGCCGUCGUGAAUUCGGUCCGAGAGAACGGCAGACGACCCGGUCCUCCGACGUCCGCGGGAUCAGCUGGAGAGAAAGAUCGCGAUCACAAAUCCCUCGCGGAUCAAAUCCUGAAGCCCAAGAAAGCCGAAAGCUGUCCCAUCACCAACUCUACAGCCAUCUCUCCUCCUCCUCCUCCUCCCACUCCCCCUCCCUCCCUCCUUCCCAUCCCGCUGGUCAAGGUCAAAGAGGAACGCAAAGAGGAGCCCCCGGAGCCCAUCCCAAUCCCCAUCCCCCCGUCCCUGGCCCCUCUCUCCUUCGACCGACCCAACAGUCGAGGGACCCUCCUCUCCUCCCACCACCUCGCUCCGUCCCAGCUGCACCCCAGCCUCCAUCCACUACCCAGCCAAGGGACCAGCUCCAACCCUAACCCUUCCUCAGUCACAGCUGCCAUGGGACUCAAAUUCAGUCCGGUCUUGGCUCAUCACCACCCGGCUGCCUCUUCCUCCGCCUCCUCUUCCACUCCCUCCCUCCCGCUCGGCUCCCUCUCGAUGCUGGAGAGGACCAGGGCGUUGGGGACCGCCUACCUGGGAGGGCCGGUCCUGACUCGCCCAUCCCACCACCACCACCAUUCCCCCCACCAGUACCCCCACUCCGCCACGUCCUUCUCCUGGAAUCUUCAAGAAGUCCUGCAGCAGCAGCAGCAGCAGCAGCAGCAGCAGCAGAUCCUGGCGCACCAGGCACAGCAGAGGCGAGAGAUGGCCUUCAGAGACCCUCAGAUCGCGCGCUUCUUCGCCGCUGCGGCCCAGCAGCGUUUUUACGAGCAGGAGAGGGUGGGGUACGUCCGAGAUGAGUUUGGGGGGUUGGUGGUCGACCGGCACCCCCACACCCUGCCUUCGCACCCGCACCUGCACCCCCUCCACCCCCACCACCACCACCACGAGAGAGUGGGCGGGGCUCCUGGCUCCUCUGCGUCCUCAUCUGCCAUCCUGAACUCUGCCGCCUUGCUGGAGGAGAACGAAAGGGCCCAGAUUCUGAGGGAGGAUUUCGAGAGGGCGCGGUUUUAUGGGGCGCAGGCGGCGGCGGCAGCCCUGGGCUCUCCGCACCCCCACCUCCAGACCCCCUCCCUGUUCUCUAGGCUGGGUCCUGGGACCUUGUACAGCCACCAUCACCCCCACCAGAACGGACUCCUCUCCAAGACCCCUCCCUCCAUGGUGGGCCCCCCCCCUCCUCUCAUCCCCUCGGGGGGGCCGGGGAGCGGCGGCGGACCCCCCAGGAGCGGUGGGGGGUCCCCGCGGGACAACAGGUCGGAGAGGGGAGGUCUGUUCAGCAGCCAGAAGGGUAGGGAUUCCAGGUAGAGCUGGGGAGCGGUUAGAGCUGCUGUAUUUAUAUAUAUUUCAUUCAUUAAUAGUCAUCGCUAGGUGAUUCUUUUCAAUUAUUAUUUUUUUUUUAUUCAUAUAAAUUUUUUUUUUUUUUUUUUUUUUUAGAUAUAUUUAUGAAUAAAAAAAAUGAGUUUAUUUAUUUUAUAUAUAAAUUCUAGAAGCAAAAUGGAAAAAGCCUUUUUGGAUUAUUGCUCCUCCCUGUUCAUAUUUCUACAACUAGCAAGCAGACACCCCCCCCACACACACACACGCACGCACAAACACACGCACACACAAACUGACACACACAAACACAC